CUAAAAGGGUCGGUAUAAUAGCCACCUUUGCAAUAGUGCUGUUGUCAUACCAACAUAACAAAUAAAAAUCGCAUUCGCUCACAUUUUGUGGCUACUUCAAAUUGAUCAAACAAACAAGGAAGCCGAAAUCUGCAAAAUGAAAGUAGAAGAAGUAAAAAGUACCGUAAAAACACAAAGAAUUAGUGCCCAUAGUCACAUAAAAGGUUUGGGACUGGAUGAAAAUGGAAUUCCCAUCCAAAUGGCUGCGGGUUUGGUUGGUCAAGAGCAGGCCCGAGAGGCUGCCGGCAUUGUUGUGGAUAUGAUCAAGACGAAGAAGAUGGCAGGCAGAGCGAUUCUACUAGCCGGACCUCCCGGUACCGGAAAAACCGCCAUUGCCCUUGCAAUUGCACAAGAUUUGGGUACGAAGGUGCCGUUUUGUCCGAUGGUCGGUUCUGAGGUUUACAGUUCGGAGAUUAAGAAAACCGAGGUGCUUAUGGAAAACUUUCGUCGUGCCAUCGGAUUGCGUAUACGGGAAACAAAAGAGGUGUACGAGGGGGAAGUUACAGAAUUGACGCCUGUCGAAACUGAAAGCCCAGCUGGAGGGUACGGCAAGACUGUCAAUCACGUGAUAAUCGGUUUACGAACUGCUAAGGGCAGCAAGCAAUUGAAAUUAGAUCCGAGUAUUUAUGAAGCUUUACAAAAGGAAAAGGUUGAGGUCGGUGAUGUGAUUUAUAUUGAAGCAAAUAGCGGGGCGGUAAAACGACAGGGGCGAUCAGACGCGUUUGCUACUGAGUUUGAUCUGGAAGCGGAGGAGUACGUGCCUUUACCAAAAGGGGAUGUUCACAAGAAGAAAGAAGUGGUUCAGGAUGUGACAUUACACGACUUGGAUGCUGCAAAUGCCAAACCCCAAGGUGGACAGGAUGUCUUAUCGAUGAUGGGCCAACUUUUAAAACCAAAGAAAACAGAAAUUACCGACAAAUUACGGCGAGAAAUUAACAAAGUUGUUGACAAGUACAUAGACCAAGGUAUUGCCGAGCUCGUUCCCGGUGUUUUAUUUAUUGAUGAAGUUCACAUGCUUGACAUUGAGACUUUUACAUAUCUUCAUCGGGCGCUUGAAAGUGCAAUUGCACCCAUCGUAAUUUUCGCAACUAAUCGUGGCCGAUGCGUUAUUAGAGGUACCGAUGAUAUUGUGGCACCUCAUGGCAUUCCUUUGGAUCUUCUCGAUCGCCUUGUGAUCAUCCGUACUCUUCCCUACACAAAGCCCGAGCUAGAGCAAAUCCUAGCAUUAAGAGUAGCCACCGAAGGGCUUGACAUAGACUCUGAUGCUCUCAAAUGCCUGGGUGAUGUUGGAGCGCGGUCGACUUUACGUUAUGCUGUACAGCUACUAACACCGGCGUCUUUAACUGCAAAAACUAAUGGCAGAAAAAAUAUAAACAAGCAAGAUAUUGAAGAAGUCAGUUCGCUGUUUUUAGACGCGAAGUCGUCUGCUAAAAUUUUGACAUUGAAUAAAGAGAAAUAUAUGCUUUAGUUAGUUUAUAGCUUAUUAAGAAUUGUGAAUGUUACUCUUUUUGUAUAAUAAAUUUCUCUUAAAAUGUA